AUGAGCUCAUUCUACUCGGGUAAUCAAGCACUUUCAAUUGCCUUAUUCUUUGCUGGAAUCGACAUUGUCGUCAAUAUUUUUGGUUUGGCUUGGAAUGGUCAGUUUUUCACUACCGACAAUAUCAAGCACUGGUUUGAUCUUCCAAACUACAAAUUUACCACGAAUCCCAUUGACUUUUUGGGAGUGGCUCUUUUGCGAGAUUGUGUGCUACUUGGUGGAGCCGUUGCAGCAUGGACAUCACCUAGUGGUUUCAGUGAUGUGGCAUCAAAAGCCAGCAAUGUCGUCUUCGCUGUCAUGUUGGUUAUACUUGCAUUUGCUCCUGCAAAACUCUUGGCUUUUUAUGAAGUCGAAACAGUAAAGUUAGCUGUUGGAGACUGGAUUCUGAUGAUAUGGUGCAUAUUUGCAUCAUUGGCUGUUCAAACUAUUUGGACGAAUGUUUUCACCCGUGUAAGCGAGAAAGGAGGAUACUCGUCCACUCUGCAUUUUGGUGAUGAUGGCUAUGAGGAGAGACUUUUGGAGGAAGAGGCUGAAAAAGCUGCAAAACAACGCGAAACUUUCGUGCUAUUAUUCCGUCUGCUUGGUUACAUGGCUAGAGAAUGGAAAUAUUAUGGAAUGGCGUUUUUCUUUCUUUUCUGCUACUCAAUCAGUCGAGUAUUCAUACCUUACUAUACUGGUGAGGUAGUAUCAGCUGUUUUUGGAGAACAAGCAUCAUAUGAACGACUUCAUCGUACAGUUGGCAUCAUGGCAAUUUUGUCAUUGAGCUGCGCUGUAUUUGGUGGAUUACGAGGCGGUUCCUUCACCUAUGCUCAUGCGACCAUCGAUCGGCAAAUCCGUAACGAUCUAUUCAGAGCUGUAAUCAAGCAAGAAAUUGGAUUUUUCGAUGCAAAUAAGACUGGGGAGAUCUGUUCCCGUCUAACAUCUGAUUGCCAAACGAUGUCCAACACUUUAUCCCUCUACAUGAAUGUUUUGACACGGAACGUCACUAUGUUGUUCGGAUCUCUAAUCUUCAUGACCACUUUGUCCUGGCGUUUAUCCAUGAUUACCCUGAUUACUGUACCUUUGAUUUUCCUGGUUAACAAAGUAUUUGGUGUAUGGUACGAUAAAUUGUCCGAAGAAACCCAAAACUCUGUUGCUCAUGCUAAUGAUGUAGCUGAAGAAGUCCUCUCAGCUAUUCGUACUGUAAAAAGUUUUGCUUGCGAACGUUUCGAGAGCUACAGGUUCCUAGGCUAUCUGAACGAGACUUUGGCCAUUGCUACUCGUAAAGUAGCUUGUGUGAUUGGACUGAUCUGGACAAAUGAGCUCCUACAAAUGGCAAUUCUUACCAUAGUACUAUGGUAUGGAGGUCACCUAGUCAUCCAAGCAAAGAUCGAAUCCGGCUUGCUCGUUUCAUUUUUGCUCUAUCAGUUCCAGCUGGGAGAGAAUUUGAGAGAACUUGGUGAAGUCUGGAAUGGUCUCAUGCAAGCCGUAGGAGCUUCUAGAAAAGUCUUUGAGUUUAUUGAUCGUGAGCCAAAAGUCAGGAACGACGGAACAUACGCGCCGGACAAGCUUGUUGGUCGUAUCGAGUUCAAGAACGUGCAAUUCAGUUACCCCAUCAGACCAGACCUACCAAUUAUGACGGAUCUCACAUUUACCGUAGAGCCUGGAGAGGUUGUAGCGCUUGUCGGGCCAUCUGGAGGUGGAAAAUCAAGCUGUAUAGCUAUGUUAGAGCAUUUCUAUGAGCCAAAUGGUGGAGAGGUUCUGCUAGAUGGCGUACCAAUCAGAGAAUAUGACCACAAGUACUUGCAUACCAAGGUCGCGUUGGUGGGACAAGAGCCGGUUUUGUACGCCAGGUCGGUGACAGAGAACGUCGGCUAUGGUCUGGAUACCUAUACGAAUGAGCAAGUCCAAACAUCCGCAAAGCUAGCAAAUGCUCAUGGAUUCAUCAUGGACACUACCGAUGGAUAUAACACGGAUGUGGGAGAGAAAGGUAGUCAGAUGUCAGGUGGUCAGAAGCAGCGUAUUGCCAUUGCCCGUGCAUUGGUAAGAGAUCCGGUCGUGUUGCUGCUGGAUGAGGCUACAUCAGCUCUGGAUUCUGAAAGUGAACACCUGGUACAAGAAGCAAUUUCAAAGAAUCUCAAAGGACGGACUGUAGUGUUGAUUGCUCACCGUCUCAGUACCGUAGAAAAUGCCGACAAGAUCGUUGUUAUCAACCAUGGCCGCGUUGAGCAAAUGGGUACUCACAGAGAACUUAUUAAUCAGGAAGGCAUGUACAAAAUGCUUGUACAACGACAAAUGAUGGGUGCUGAACUUGACGAAGAACCAGCACCGAUGGCAGCACCUGCUCCACGCAGAAUUCCAAGAGUCACUUCACCUGGACAUAGCGUAUCGCAAUCGUUCCUUGGCACCUCAAUGACCAGUAGCUAUUUGUAG